AUAACUGAGUUUCUGAAUGAUCGUGAACUGUUUUGUGGGAGUGAAACGAAAAAUAAUUGCGUCACAGUUCCACGGUAUUUUAACUAAGCAGGAAUAUUGUUAUGUAGAAACUUGAUGGCCUAAGUGAAUUCAGAAAAAGUGCCUGCAGGCACAAUGUCAACAUCAGCUCAGCAAAGAUACCAAGAAGGCUUAAUACCUAUGCAACACACUCAUCUCGAAUAUAAAUGCCUAAAGUUGUGACGUGUUGCGCAGCGAGAGAGACAGAGAGAGAGAGAGAGCGAGAGAGUAAAAGUAUCUGCGCAUAUGCUUCGUUAAAACCCUGGUCAGCUCAAUCGCGAAUGGAAACAUAUUGCGGAUUGGCCAUUUAUUCAACCACAAUACGAAGCUUAUUCGAGGUCUAUGAAAUGCGGUGAUUGCGGCAGGUGCAACAGAUAAGUAUGCACUCCCACACAAAGGAAGGCGGCCCCGGCAUAACCGGCGGCAGCACAGAAGGCAAAAUACGCUGCAUUUUUCUAAGCGAAUUCCACGCCACGGCGGGCUGCAAAAUCAGCUGUCAGGUGCCAGAAAAUUAUAUCUCAAAAGAGGUCUUCGAUGCCAUCAACGUGUACAUUAUACCCAAGCAGCACUUGCAACGCUGCAUUCUAACGGUGAAUGCGAUGGACGUUAAAAUCGUUGGUUACCCAGUCGGCAUACAGGACCAGCAGAAGUAUGCUCGCAAUGCAUUUCUCUUUAAUCUGUGCUUUGUGUGUGAUUCCCGUGCCCGUUCCGUGCAAUAUGAGCCGGUGGUAAAGAAGCUGUCGGAAUAUCUGAUUAUGAUGGAGGAGGAGUCAUGCUUUUUGUCACGCGAGGACGACAAGCAACGGCUACAAAAUAUCUUUGAGACAGUGCUCCGUGAUCUGAAUGAGCGCAAAGUGGCCACCAUUGUGGAAGGCGACAACACAAUCUAUUUGAAAAUUGUCAUGCAUAAGCCGGAUCCGCCACCAGUCAAGGACCAUAUGGUGCCCCUAUUAUUGGCUAAUUUGCGCGAUACACCGCUCGAGAACUGGGAUCUAACUACACAACAGAUAUUGCCCUAUAUCAAUGGCAUUAAUCAUGUGGCUCGCAUAGCCGCCGAGGCGGAUGUGGAAACUGAUUUAGUGAAGUCCUGCAUACAGAAUUUGGUCUACUAUGGCGUUGUGCAGCUGCUGCCCAUUUUGAAGUACAGCAAUGUCUAUAUGACCCAGAAUCUAAAGCACCUCAUACAGAGCACAGCGUUGAGCAAUGCCUGUCGCAAGUACGUGGCUCUCCAGCCGGAUAAAUUGCUGCCCAGCGUGCAGAGAAUCUUUCAGUUUUAUGCGUCCAUGACGCAUGGCGUCACGCUCCGUGCCAUUUGUCAGCGUCUGUGCCCGCAACAUCACAACAUCGAUGAGCGUAAAAUGGUCAUCUUCGGGCUGCAGCACAAGUUUAUACGCUGCAUACAGAAAUAUCCGGUAUUUACCGGAUCGGUGCCAUCUGGUCGCCAGAAGAUGUAUACGGGGCUGAUUAGUUUUGAUGAGAUUUGCUGCAAGACUGGACUUUCUCCGUGCACCAUCGAGAAGGAUAUUGAAAAGGAUACGAAUGUGACUGUGAUUUGGAAGUAGUUAAUUGCG